AAAGUGAAAGUGAAAUGAGGACUGAAGGCCAAGAGGUCUGUAGGAAAAGGAUAUUUAGCAUCUGUGUCAAGGUUUACACUUCUGCACCACCAUCCAGGUUUACUUAACUGCCUGGAGUGAAGCUACUGAGACUCUCUAGUAAGAGGAUCUUAAAUUGGUAGAUUUGUCACUGGGUUUUCAGUGGUGGUCAGAGCACUUGAUUUAUCCUUUCUCCAUCUGGACAAAAUUAAAAAAAAAGAAGAAGAAGAAGAAGAAGUCACACUAUCCGGCCCACAUUGUCAGACUUAUGAGGCUACAACUGACAUGCUCCCUUGAAGGAGAAAAUACUCUAUUGUGCCUUGUUUUCUCUUUUGAAUUGAAUUCUCCUGAGACUGUGCUGACCCUUAGGCCCAUGGCAGUCCUGAAUGUGAUUGACAUGCAUGAUUAGCAGGCUAGUAAGAGAGAACCAGGGAAAUUGCUAUCAAAACAAUUACAUACAGGGACAUCAGAACAAUGGCUUGAGAACCCCCAGGGACUCAGUGACCAUCCUAGCUCUGCCACGGAUGCCCUUUGGGAUCAUGGCCAAGUCAGAUCAUCUCUUUGUGUCUUCACUGCUUCUGCUAUGAUGCCAUGAAUGAGAAAGUCAUCAUCGGACACCUGGACCUUUCAUCCAGGACCCCAAGUGUACACUUUUGAAGCCUUUGUCUCACUCCUGACUGAUUAGGGAUCCAUAGAUAAUUCGAAAAUGGCAGAACUCUUUAUGGAAUGUGAAGAAGAAGAGUUGGAACCAUGGCAAAAGAAAGUGAAAGAGGUUGAGGAUGAUGAUGAUGAUGAGCCAAUCUUUGUUGGAGAGAUAUCAAGUUCAAAACCAGCAAUUUCAAAUAUUUUGAAUAGAGUAAACCCCAGCUCAUAUUCAAGAGGAAUAAAGAAUGGCGCACUCAGUCGAGGUAUUACUGCUGCAUUCAAGCCUACAAGUCAACACUACACGAACUCAACAUCAAAUCCAGUGGCUGCCUCGCCAGUAAAUUUUCAUCCUGAAUCUAGAUCUUCAGAUAGUUCUGUUAUUGUUCAGCCUUUGUCUAAACCUGGUUAUAUAAUGAACUCAUCACGAGUUGCAUCUAGCAAUUCUUCAGAGUUACUGUUUGACUUGACCCAGGAUACAGGAUUAUCACAUUACCAAGGGGGGCCAACACUUUCUAUAGCAGGUGUGAAUGAAAGUUCGUUUUUAUCAAAACGUCCUUCUUCUGAAGUAAACAGUAUUAAUCCAAAAAAACCUAAGCCCAGUGAAGGUGUUUCUGGAGCAAAUUCCUCAGCUGUAUUUCCUUCAGUUAAAUCUCUUUCAGUGACAUCUCCCCAGGCAAUGUCAUCAAAAGGUAUAACUUCCUCAUCAAAUCAAUCUAAAAAUGGAACACCUUUUCCAAGAGCUUGUCCAAAGUGCAAUAUUCAUUUCAAUCUUUUGGAUCCUUUGAAAAAUCACAUGAAGUACUGUUGUCCAGACAUGAUAAAUAACUUUUUGGGACUGACUAAAACAGAAGUUUUAAGUACAGCAAAUAAAAAUCAGACUAUUGAUUCAGAGAAAGGAAAAUUGAUCAUGUUAGUUAAUGACUUUUAUUAUGGAAAACAUGAAGGAGAUGUCCAGGAAGAACAGAAGACUCACACAACCUUUAAAUGCUUCAGUUGCUUGAAAAUUCUUAAAAAUAAUAUUAGGUUUAUGAACCACAUGAAACACCAUUUAGAACUUGAGAAGCAGAGCAGUGAGAGCUGGGAAAACCACACCACCUGCCAGCACUGCUACCGUCAGUUUCCCACACCAUUUCAACUGCAGUGUCACAUUGAAAGUACACACACUCCCCAUGAAUUUUCUACCAUUUGCAAAAUCUGUGAAUUAUCAUUUGAAACAGAGCAUAUUCUUUUGCAACAUAUGAAGGACAAUCAUAAACCCGGUGAAAUGCCAUAUAUUUGCCAGGUUUGCAAUUAUAGGUCAUCAUCAUUUUCUGAUGUAGAAACUCAUUUUAGAACAUCCCAUGAAAACACUAAGAACUUGCUAUGUCCAUUUUGCCUCAAAGUUAUUAAAAUAGCAACCCCCUAUAUGCAUCAUUACAUGAAGCAUCAGAAAAAAGGAAUACAUCGUUGUACAAAAUGCAGACUGCAAUUUUUGACAUGCAAAGAGAAAAUGGAUCACAAGACUCAGCAUCAUCGAACAUUUAUAAAACCUAAACAACUGGAAGGAUUGCCUCCUGGAACAAAAGUUACUAUUCGAGCUUCAGUUGGACCUCUUCAAUCAGGAUCUUCAACUACUCCUUCCAUUAGUGCAAACACUUCUACCCUUCAGCUCUCACCUCCAAGGACAAAAAAUAUAACUGCUAAAAAUCCCACAAAAUCUAACACAAGUAAACCUAAUACAACUAAAUCCAAUGCAAGUAAACCUAAUGCAAGUAAGCCUAAUGGAAGUAAAUCUAAAUUCAAAUCAAAAGUCUCUAAUAUGCAAAAAAAACAAAACACUUUGGCUAGUAGCAAUAAAAAAAGUAAAGUCAAUACAGCAUUGAGGAACUUAAGGUAUCGUCGGGGAGUUCACAAGUGCAUUGAGUGUUGUUCUGAAGUAAAAGAUUUUGCAAACCACUUUCCUACAUAUGUUCAUUGCAGUUCUUGCAGAUACAACACUAGUUGUAGCAAAGCUUAUGUAAAUCAUAUGAUGAGCUUUCACAGUAACCGUCCAAGUAAAAGAUUUUGUAUUUUUAAGAAGCAUUCAGAAGAUCUCAGGGGCAUUACUUUGGUGUGCCUUAACUGUGAUUUCCUAGCUGAUGUUACUGGCUUAGAUAAUAUGGCUACACACUUAAGUCAACACGAAACUCAUACUUGCCAAGUUGUAGUAGAGAAAGUUUCUGUUUGUAUCCCAACUUCUGAGCAUCUUUCUGAAUUAAAAAAUGAAGCUCCUGCUAAAGAACAAGAACCUGUGUCUGAGGAAAUUGCAAGACCUAAUAUGGCUGAAGAAACAGAAACAUCAAAUUCUGAAAGUAAACAAGAUAAAGCUUCAGAGGAAGAGAAAAUUGGAUGUGAUGCAAAUUCAUUCGAAGUCUCAUCAGCAACAAAAAGUGAAGAAAGUAUAAUAGUUUCGCAUAAGGAAAAUGAUACCUGUCUUGAAGACAAGGAAACUGGCUCAAAGAAUAUCUUCAGUUAUGAUUCAAAUAUUGGUGAAGAUAAAGUGGAAAAGGAAAAACAAGUAGAACACAUUUGUCAGGAAACAGAAUUGAAGAUGUGCCAGAGUUCAGAAAACAUAAUUUCAUGUGAUGAGAUUAAAGAUCGCAAGUCCAGUAAAGCUAGGUUUUCUUCAAAGAAUAUUAAGGAUUUACGGUUAACAUCUGGUGAUGUUAGAAUUGAUCAGUUUUUGAGAAAAAGAGAUGAACCUGAAUCUGUUAGUUCUGAUGUUAGUGAGCAAGGCAGUAUUCAUCUGGAACCUUUAACUCCAUCAGAGGUACUUGAGUAUGAAGCCACAGAGAUUCUUCAGAAAGGCAGUGGUGAUUCUUCAGGCAAGACUGAUGAAGUAGUGUCUGAUCAAACAGAUGAUGUUUCUGGAGGAAAUAGCCCUAGCACAACAGAGACAACAGUAGACCUGGCAGAUGAAAAAGAAAGAAGUUGAAAUUAGUUAAGUCAUUCUAAGUUUUAGUGUACCAGCGAUAAGAGCAUUUGGAACAGUGCUAUCAGGUGAGCUCAGUGGUGCUGUUGUAGAUAGAGUUCAGAAAUAGAAAAAUGUGAGGGAGGCCAUUCAUACACUUUACCUGUAUGUUCAACCUAAGUUAUUAAAGAAAUCAAUUCACCAAUAAUAGCAUGAUUAGAAUGGAUUUCCAGGAGGUUUUAAAACAUGAGUAGGAUUUUAAUGAAAGUUAAGUUCACAAUGGAAAAGGCUUCUUUUAACAGUCCUUAAAGAAAUGGAACUUGGUUUCCAAUAUGAAUUGAUUAUUAGAAUAUUACUUAUAUUUACAAAGCAUUGAAAAUUCCAUCAAUCCUAAGCUAAAAAUCCAUAUUACCUAUAUAGCCUUCUCAAUUAACUUAAAAGAGAUUUGGAAACCACAUCACUUUUGGGAAUAAUUGACUUAAAAUAAUGUCUAAUUGGCAUUGUUAAUAAAGGCUUUAUUUUAAGUAUGAUAUUGGUAAAUGGAGCAUGCUUAGAGUGUUAAAUAAUUAACGAGAAUUUGGAUGAACAUAAACUUAACUUUGGAUUUAAUAUAACAUUCCAGACUGUCAGAAGCAUGUAAACAGAAUAUUUGAAUCUAUGUACCUCCAUACAAGUGUUAGCCUGCCAGGCUGUAAGCUUACCUUAAUUAAACUUUCAGUGAAAGUGAAAUUAUUAAAAUAUAAAUUUAUAUUUGUGCUAUUUGUCAGUGUGUAAGCUGUGCAGAAAUCCCUUGAUGUAUUAGUUGUAUAAAGUAGAAACCCAUUGUUGAAACUCCUGUAGCUAUUACGCUUUUAAUACUGUUUUAAUGAUCUUUAGAAAUAGACCCAUAAAAAUGGUCUGGAAACCAAACCAAAGUAUGGCAUAAUGUAGAUACUGUAAAGCAGUAAACUGAAAACAUGUCCUGGCAUGAAUUCAGCGAUGUUUAAGUGACUUUUUCUUUAAUUGUAAAAUAGAAACUUCAAAUGGGACCUAAAGCAGUGAUGUAAAAAAUUGGUUUGGGAUAUUUAGUCUAAUUUAUCCAUAAGAUGGCUGCUAAAUUGAUUUUUCAGUUGUUUUUUUAUCAUCUAGAAAAUAAUAGAUCUAGAAGUGAAUAAUAUGAAUAACGGUAGUUUGCUUUGAAGUACUAAUAAACUUUUAUUUAAAUCGCUACAUUUUUACUUCUUAACAUGUGCUUUGAAUUCUUAAAUUUUAUUUCACUGAAUGUUAAGUGUUUUAAAUGGCUAUUAAAAUUCUGCUGUAUAUAGUAGUUUUUGAGUAAAUAUUUGCAAUAAAAAUCUGUCCUUGAAUAA